AAAACAUGAUCACAUGAUUCCGCUAGGCUGUGGCAAAGAUAGGAGUUAGUGGUAUGUAGAAGUGGAAUUCUUGCUUUUCUUAUGCUUUUCUUGUUUUGGAAGUCUCUCCUUUUAUCCGUCAGAUCAUCACAUGGGUUUUCACUUUUUCUUAUCAUUAUCAAUGGAGUUAGCUGUUACUCAGAAUUCUUACUAUUAUUUCAUCUUCAUCUGCUUCUUGAAUCUUGAUCCCUUUAAACCUUUGUUCAUUCUUCCAUUAAGCUCUAAAUGGGAUUAUCUUAUCUUAUCUUGCUCUCAUGGUUGGAAUCCGUGGUCUCGGAAAGUUUACAAAAUUUUGUAGAGAAAUGGUAAUAAUAGCUCAGGCAUGAGACACCAUUGUUUACUCUCAUGCUGGAUGGUUCUUGCCAUUAUCUUAUGGCACGAUGGCAAAGGAGAUGUAUGUCAAACUUGCAAGACAAGCUUAGGAUAUGCAAUGCUUAAAUAUGUUGUUACCUCACCUCCUAGAUAGCGCGCUUCACAAUGCUCUAGAAAGUUCUACAAAGAUCAUAAAGAUAUGUGCAAAGAUUUGUUUGUCGAGAUGUGAAGAAUGCAUUUCUUUACAGUCAUUUCCACGAGACGAUUUACAUGCAACAACCACCUGACUUUGAUCAUGUAUGCCUACUUUAGUGAUCGUUGUACGGCCUCAACUAGGCUGUCGAGCAUUGUUCCAUCGAUUGUAUUUAUUUGUGUACCAUAGCAGCCUACAUUGAUUAUUUUUAUUGCAUCAUUGUAGUUCCU